UGGCUGCGUCCCAAACCGCAUGUUACUAAAAGGUGUGUUAAAGAGAAAAGAAGCGGCUGGUGAUGUGCUCAUUUUAACACACUAUUCAAUAAAGAGGAAUAGGGUUUGAGACACAGCCUUUGUAGUAGCGAAAUAUUGCUAGCAAGCAGGUUGCACGGGAAUGGAAGUGGACUGUCAACCAGAGGACGUGUCCAAAUCCACCUAUGAAGAGCAGAGUGUUGAACAUGGAGGUGUUAAAGACAUGAGGCUGGAGGCCGAGGCUAUAAUCAGUGAUGUGCAUUUCGCAGUGAGAGACAUGUUUGUGUCCAAAACUCUCAGUAACAGACUGGAUGUGGCUUUUAUCAACGUGGAGACACGAGAAGGAAACAGAUACUGUUUAGAGCUCAGUGAAGCUGGGCUGAGGGUGGUGGGCUAUGUCUUCGAUCAGGUCGAGGAAGGAUUGAGCACCCAGUACCAUGAGACUGUUUAUUCGCUGCUGGACUCCCUGAGCCCUGGUUACAGAGAAGCAUUUGGAAAUGCACUGCUCCAGAGACUCGAAAGACUUGAUCAAAAUGGACAAUGAAGAAUUUGACCCUUAGGAAAGGGUUUGCUUUUUUGAAAGCAUCUCUGCUAGCUAAUGCUUAUGCUGUGAUUCUGUGUACCAGUCAGCUUUAGCCAAAGUAGCCUUUCUUAGAGAAUACUUUAUUAGCUGAUUUCAGUUAUGCUACAUUUUAGUUACAUUUUAGUCUCUGGUUACAUUUACAGGUUUUUUUUGUGUGAAUGAAUGUUUUUGUGUGUUUAAGGGAGAUUUGAUGUUGUAUGGGUAUUUCUGAAUGAUGAAAAAACAACUGAAUAUGUCAUUCCACAUUCCACCAAAUGGCCAGUCAGUAUUGAGACUAGAAACUAAUGAUGUUCUGUUUCACUGCUUCAGUGUUUUGAAAAAAAUGGCACAUGCAAAAGCUGUAAUCUAUUUGCAAUACACUUAAAACUUGAAAAUG